AUGGCUACCGUGAAGCCCAACGCGGGGGACCUCGAGCGGUAUCUCAAAUCGUUCAAGGGCAAGCCUUUGGAAGCUUCAAUUGACAGUCUCAUUUCUCUCUUGAAGCGAAGACAGAUCCAGGGCUCCGAGCUCUGCGCCGUCGCGACCGCGCAUAUUCUCCUCCAAGUCGUCGCAAAGUCAAAAUGGUCCGACGUCGACCAGCUUCUGGAAAAGGUCCAGCAGAUCGGAUUGCGCCUCAUCGCCGCCCAGCCCAAAGAGCUUGUGGUCGGUAACAUUGUAAGACGAGUAUUAGGUCUUAUCCGAGAUGAGGCGGCCGAGGACAGAAACGAAGACGCAAGCGAGACGGCUACCGAUGCGGGAACUACUCCGACGACAGCUGUUCCUGAUCCCUCCAAACUCGAGCACCAGUGGCCUCCCUCCACUUAUACAAAGCAGGAUGCAGGGUCUGACUACAUCUCAAGCGGCCCGAGACCGGUCCGUCCCGGUGCUCUCACGGCUACAAGCUCCUUCCACGUCUCCAAGUCUCUAUUCUCGCUGCUCGAAGCCUCUCCGCCAGCGGAUGCCAGCGCAAUCAUGGCUGGUUCGCCUUUUGGCAAGGACUCCGGCGCUUCGACCCCUCUGCGUGGGCUGUCGACUAAGGUUCACGCUCUCAGGUCAGAGGUCAUCGAGGGUAUUGAGGAGCUCAAGGACGAGAUCAGCCAAGUCGAUGACCAGAUUGCCGCGGCCGCUGAUGUCCAGAUCCACCCCGGAGACUACGUUCUCGUCCAUCAGCCCUCGGCUACCGUUCAGAAGUUCGUCUUGCGCGCCGCCACCAGAAGAAAGUUCACCGUCUUCAUUGCGUCCGAGCCGGCCCGCGACUCCAAGGAGGUUCCAUACGCAUCAUUCAGGAAGAAGCUUAGUGCGGCAGGCAUCAGCUCGAUCAGCAUUCAGAACGACGGUAUGAUGGCCUACAUGCCACGUAUCAACAAAGUCAUUCUGGGCGCCAGAGCUGUCCUGGCAAACGGAGGCAUCCUUACCGACGCGGGAGCCGGCGUCAUCGCGCGUGCGGCCAGGGAGCAGGGCAACCCUGUUAUUAUCCUCAGUGGUGUCUACAAGCUUUGCCCAGAGAGCUACUUCGACGAGGAGAGCCUUGUGGAAUGGGGCAGCUCCAUGAACCGUGUGAGCUUCGCGGACGGUGCCAUGGUGAAUGGUGUCGAUGUACGGAGCGCUGUCAGCGAGUUCGUGCCUCCGGAGCUGCUCGACACCUACAUCACCAAUCUUGGUGCGCACUCUCGUAACCAUCUGUCUACUAUCAUCGCAGAUCAUUACAAGCCGGAAGAUGUCGACUUCCAUCUCUGGAGCACUGAGGCUGACCGAUGA